AUGGCACUUGGUCGACUACUUCAUAUUACGGUAGACGCUGUUCUAGUUUCAGCAGUUUUAGCAGGGAUUAAAAGGUCUACGGGAUUAGGUGUGGCAUCCGAAAAGAUUGAAAGCAAAGAUCUUCGCGAUGCGGUUGAUAAAUACCUGAACGUAGGUGAAUGGGUUGUAGAUAAGAGUAUAUUAUACAUGAGUAGUUCGGGAUACUUUGAGCGUAGACGAUAA